GAAACAGCGUGGAAACAUCCAUAUAUCAGCUUGCUUCGUUUUUUCUUGCCAUUUCAGCUCUCUUUUUAGCUGGUUCCGACGCUCUCCUCUGUAGAGCUAAUAUUAAUCUCGAGAAUCAGAUCUCUCAUUGAAUCCAGACUGAGUCCACAACGAUUCCUUUAAAAGGAUAUUCAGAGCAGAUAGACGUGAGUUCAAGUCUGGUAGAGUUGACAAUCCAUACACGUGAUUCAGUAGUGAUUCCAAAUUUGAAUAGAAACCCAACUAGGUUUCAUUCUUUCAUUAUUUUAUAUUCUGUUCACAUUUUUCAAUAACAUUUUCAGUAAUAUUCACGAAUUUGUUCUUCUUGAAAGUUCACAGAAAUUCCAAUCCUUCUAAAGUUGACUAAUUAUCACAGUUCCAUUUCCGAAGUGAAAUUUCAGAAUUUCUUAGCAUAGAAUGGAGAAGCUAUCGACGUUUGAGCAUAACAAUCCCAAGAAGCUCUUCGAGUUGGCCAAACGGUUGCAUUCCAGCAACUUCUUCGAGUCGUAUCUCAACGAAACUCAUCUCAAAGUGUUGGACUAUAUAAUACUGUUGAACAACGCCGAGAUUUGGGACAAUUUCCUUGAGGGUAACUGUACUAUCACAUUCAGCAAGGAUCCAGAAGCCAGCGAGGUGGUCAAGUCUGAAGAAGGUAUUGCGGACAAUAAUGACAAUGUAAGCGACACUCCAGAGCUUCUUUUUGAAGAAGGAUCCAAAAUGGUUAAGAUGUUAGCAUUACAUAUCAGAUACUUGUUAUGGGAGAAAGCAAUUGACUACUACUACAAAAACACAGGCUCUUCAUCAGAACAAGUAGUAGAAGUAGAUGAUGACUUUGAAAUGAUAGAUACGCUAGAUAACUUCUCGGAUGACGAAGAUAAGGAAAAAGAGGCCGAGAAAGAGGAAAAAGCACAGCCAAAAGUCCGUGAAGUUGAGGACGAUUAUGACGAUGAAGACGAAGAAGAAGAAGAAAGUGACCAAAAAGAUGAUAAGGAUGACAAUAAAGACAAUGAGCAAUCUGAAAAUGGAAUAUAUCAAUGGAAAUAUAACGACGAAAAACAGAUUGUUUUGCAAGUGCCUGUUUCGCUUGUUACUGUGGCUCCAGAUACUUCUUCUGAAAUACAAACAGAAUCGCAAGAUGGCUCUGGUUCAACUGGAAGUGAGCCUCCCAAGUCUUCAUCUAACGGUGAUUCUCCUGAUUCAAAUGCUGACGACCAGGAAAAGCUCAUAAGAGAAUAUAAUAAAGUGUAUCAUAACUUCGAGUACGAUCGUGAAACAUUAAUCAAAAGAAGGAAGUUAGAGAAGUCGGAUUUGCAGUUAGAAGACUCCAAGAACGGCAACGCUGACUCUACCAAAGAUGGGCUUUCUGGAUUAGGUGAAGCUGAUAGCAUGGGAAUCAGUUUAGGAACUGGAAGCACUUCCUUAAAGCAUCUUUUGUCCACUAUUCAGCUGAAGAGGGACGAUGUUCCUCUUAACGAUCAUGAAUUGAGAACUCUUUUUAUGGAUGUAAGAAAGAACCGAGGUAAGUGGGCCAAUAACGAUCGUGUUGGCCAAGAAGAGUUGUAUGAAGCCUGUGAGAAAGUGGUUGUAGAAUUGAGAGGAUCCACAGAGCAUUCGACUCCUUUCUUGAAUAAAGUAUCCAAGCGAGAAGCUCCUAACUAUGGACUCAUAAUCAAGAAACCAAUGGACUUGAACACGGUGAUGAAAAAGUUGAAAUCGUUCGCCUAUAAUUCGAAACAGGAGUUUGUGGACGACCUCAUGUUAAUCUGGUCCAACUGCUUGACAUACAAUACAGAUCCUAAACAUUUCUUACGAGCUCAUGCUAUAGCCAUGCAAAAAAAGACAUCCAAAUUAAUUCCUACGAUUCCCAAUAUAACCAUUAGGAGUAGACAAGAAGUCGAAAGAGAAGAAGAACUAGAAAACGAAAGAGUAGGAACUCCUAUGGCUUCGGCAGGAAAGUCUAUGAAAAAAGGAAGAAAGAGAAGACAGGACCAAAUCAAAACAGAAGUAGAUCCAGCUACACCGAUAGCCACUGCUGUUGCAUCUGCUAUUGGCUCACCAGUGCCUGUAACAGGAGUUUCUGAAAAUAUAGUAGAAAAUGGAAAUGUAUCCAACGAUGAAGAAGAAGAGGAGGAAGAAGAUAAUGAGAAUAUAAAUGGGGAAGCUAAUGGAAUCUCAGAAGAAGACGACGAGUUAGAUCCCGAGCUUCAGGCCUGGAGAACUAUUACAGCAAAAUCUCGUGCUCAUUACUGUGCUGAGAGGGCUGCCCUUUUUGAUGAGAAAUUCCACUUACGGUCAGAUGCCAGAGCGAUAAUUCGUCAAUCUCGUGAAAUGAGCAACUUCAACCAGUAUUUGACGAACAAAGAGGUCAUCUCCAAGUCGAGCAACUUGUUGGAAAAUGACGAGCCGUAUCUAUUAGAAUAUGACAUCACUGGGGGAUUGCCUGGUCUCAAGUAUAAGGGUAUUGAUAAGGAAGAAGAAGAAAAGAGAGAACAAUCGUUGGUAGAUGUUUUUUUGCAACAGGCUAAUGGAGAUGCAUCUAAUAUCAAAUCAGAUUUCGUGUUACCCAUAGACUCAGGCUUGAACAAGAUGUACACCGAGAAUAUCAAGGAGAUGCAAGAAAUCCGCAAGAUCUGCUUCAAGAUCUCGCUUAUUCGACAGAUGCAAACGCAGCAAUUUGUUCACCAUACGCAGAUGAAACAACCUGAGAUUGAGGUAAUACGAGAAGUAGAUGUAGAUGCCGUUUCCAAGUUGCCCAACCAUGAUCCGUUUACGGACCAAAUCCAGUUUUCGGUGCUUCGUAGAAAUAUAGCGAAGAUAGCGAUGCAGACGGGGUUCGAAAGUUCUGAACCGUUUGCUAUUAACACCUUGACCCAAGUAGCAGAAAAGUACAUGGGCAACUUGAUCAAGACGUUGAAGUUGCACACAGAGACCAGCUCUAACAAUAGAUUGAACGAAAAAGAGAUAGUGUUGCUUUCGUUGUUGGAAAACGGUAUAGACAAACCGGAUGACUUGUACACUUUUGUGCAAGAAAGAAUCAUCAAACAGCACGAUAAACUUACAGAUUUGCGAUCAAAGUUGUCGAAUUUCUUAAAGGAGUUGUUACGACCUGGAUUGGAGAAUUUCAAUGAGAGAAGUUUUGAAGAUAAUAGUGAGCAGUUCAUGACGGGAGACUUUUCGAAUGACUUGGGAGAUGAUUUCUUUGGAUUCAAGGAGUUGGGUUUGGACAAAGAGUUCAAGAUGUUGAGCUCAUCGAUUCCGAUCUACUUGUUACAUUCACGUUUACACAACUCGUUCACCAACUCUGGCAGUGCCAGCAAGAGAAACAAGUACGAAGAUUUACAGGAGUACACAGCUCAGUUCUUGACAGCUGCAGACGUACACAAGCAGGUAGGCUUAUUGAGACCGUUCUAUAGCAAGUUGAAUGAAAAGUCGAAGGCGCAUUUUGUCAAGCUUCAGAAGAAGAAGGGAGAGCCUACAGAUUUGCCAGAGGAUAACCUGUUGGUCUUGAUAGAAGACGAAGAGUUGCCCCAGAAACAGCGGAAUAUCAGGCCCAGAUUACCUCCCACAGGAAAGAUUACUGCCAUCAAGAAGAAGAUAGUAGCCAACUCCUUUUUCUUGUCAGACGACGAAGAUGAGGAGAAUGGAGCCAAGACGGAGGAUAUCAAACUCGACGAUCUUGCCAUAGAUAAGACCGAUAGCUUAGGGAUGAGCUCGCCGGCGUUGGCACUGGAGGCAUAGCAUAGAAUGUAUAUAUAUAGCUGUAUCACUAAGAAUAGAGACGAAUGAAUUGAU